UGCGCUCCCAUUGGCCGUGGUGGCCCGGCCCGGUAUCCGGGUAAGAUGGCCGCAGUCGGAGAGUGCUCGCUCCCCGCGCCGUGGCGGCCGGUCUCUCUCACUCACGUCGAGUAUCCCGCAGGUGAUUUCUCUGGUCAGCUUUUAGCUUAUUUGAGUCUUGGUCCAAUAUUCAUUAUUGUUGGCUUUGUAACACUCAUCAUAUUCAAGAGAGAGCUUCACACGAUCUCUUUCUUGGGAGGGCUGGCAUUCAACGAGGGAGUGAACUGGUUAAUAAAAAAUGUAAUCCGGGAGCCUCGGCCCUGUGAAGAAGCCCAUUCAACAGUGACCACAAAAUAUGGGAUGCCGUCCAGCCACUCCCAAUUCAUGUGGUUUUUCUCUGUCUAUUCCUUUCUGUUCCUUUAUUUAAGAAUGCACCAAACAAACAAUGCGAGGUUUCUGGAUUUACUAUGGCGACAUGUGCUGUCCAUCUGCCUCGUCACAGUGGCUUUGCUAGUCUCAUAUAGUAGGGUUUAUUUGCUUUACCACACUUGGAGUCAAGUCUUAUAUGGAGGUGUGGCAGGAAGCAUUAUGGCCAUAGCCUGGUUUGCCUUCACACAAGAGAUAUUAACUCCUCUCUUCCCAAGGAUAGCUGCAUGGCCAAUUUCAGAGUUCUUUUUAAUCCGAGAUACCAGCCUCAUUCCUAACAUCCUGUGGUUUGAAUACACAGUCACGAGAGCAGAGGCAAGAAACAGACAGCGCAAGCUGGGUACGAAGCUCCAGUGAUUUGAGAAGCGUGGGGACCAGAGUGCACGCUUUAACGGAGACAGACAAGAGCAGACCUGGGAGCAGCAAGGAGCCUUUUAACAGACGGACCAAAGGAACAGGCAGGGACCAUACCCAAAACCUGAAAGCCUUUGCUCUGCUUUAGCAGCUAGCUGGAUGCUCCCUGAUGCAUGUGGGACCGUGCAGGAGUAGAAACUCAUUUUCAACACCGAUGCACAUUGCCAGUUGGAAUGUACCAUCGUGUCUACGUCAGGGGAGGGGGGAGGAAAUGCCUGGUGUCAUGUUCAGGGGAGGGAAAACCAAAAAUUAAUACUUUCUGUGACUUUUUUUUUUUCAGCAUGAAAUAUACACACUAUUUAUUUAUUUUUUUAAAUGGAACUAUUGUUUUUGGGGUGGGUGUGGCAUUGAUUGUAUGUUUUGUUUUUGCUUUUUUGUUUGGGUUUUUCUUUUUGGAAGAAGAUGACAAAACUGAUCUCAAAAAAGUCAAUCAUGCUUAAUUAGGGCUUUUAAUUUUUAAAAACCUUUUAGGAGGGAGGGGAACUAGGAUGGGGGUGACCUAGGCAGAAAGGAGAGGAAGACUUUGUCCUUUCUGCAACCAGGUUGGGAGAUCAAGAUCCAUUCCAACUGCACUUUGUACGGAUAGAAAGACAGACUAAGGAUCUGAUUUUUAACACUAGAGACAGUUCUGCAGGGAAGCCUGCACGGGUACCAUUAAAGGGGAGUGUGUGUGUGUAAAACAAAGGAAAAACUGAAAUACACGAUUACUAUUUUUUUU